GCCUGAUGCGCGGAGCUGGAUCUCAGUUCAGCGGAACUGGCGCUUGUUGACAUCCCACCUCUGGAAUGCCGUGCGGAGUCUCUCUGAAGGAAUAACGUGAACUCAGCAGGCAGCCAGGCUCCACUCUCCUCGCCUCCUUUUGUCAUCAUCACCACCACCACCACCACCAUCAUCAUCAUCAUCAUUAUCAUCAUCAUCAACUUCUGGGCUAAUGCUGUGUUUCAUACUCAGUGUCCUCUUGCUGCUGUCCACUGGGGUCCAUGGGCAAGGUCGUCUUAAGCUGACGGUCCUGUCUGAGGACAGACUGCAAAUGAAAUGGAAGGAGGCAGACGGUCCUGUUCAGGGCUACAAGGUCCGAGUGCGGCCCAUCUCAGAGGUGCCACAGCCAGAGCUGAUGCUGACCACCACACGGGGCCGGGCAACAGUGGCAGGACUGGACUCCAAUCAGGAAUAUGCCCUCCAAGUUCUCAUGCUCAAUGGGACGACAGAGAAACUUCUCGCAAAGAGACGAUUUACCAUGGAGGGUCUGCGGGAGGAGGAAAUGAUCCGCAGCGGUAGCCGAGAGCAGAGGAAGAAGUUGUUGCCAGGCGGCUCAGGGUCAGGAGACCUGGACGAUGUCACAGAGGCUUUCCUGGGCCUGCCAACAAUUCUUUAUCCAGACCCCACCACCACCACUGCUGCUCCUACUACAGAGCUCCCAGCUAUAGAAACCCCGUCUCAGCUUCCUGAUGGGGCCCAAGAGAAAAGCACCAAAGAAAAGAGGAAGAGGAAGAAAGACAAAGAGCGGGAUCGUUCAAAAGUGGAGAAUAAGGAGGAGCAGGGGACGACACAGGGCAAAGUAGCCGAGGAGAAACCUCGGAAGACAUCUUUUCCUACCCAGCCAGUGACAGGUAUGUCUCCCAGGAAACCAUUCGAGUGUGACAGCGAUGCUGCAGCAGACAUUAUGUUAUUGGUGGACGGAUCCUGGAGCAUUGGGCGCACCAACUUCAGACGGGUCAGAGAUUUCUUGGAGGGCCUGAUGACACCCUUCCACAUCGGUCCCAACCACAUUCAGAUCGGUCUGACCCAGUACAGUGGAGAUCCCCGCACAGAAUGGCAGCUCAACAACUUCACCACUAAAGACCAGCUGUUGGAGGCAGUAAGGAAUUUCAGAUAUAAGGGAGGAAACACAUUUACAGGCCAGGCACUCCUCCAUGUCAUGGAGGAGAACAUGAGGAUCGAGGCAGGUGCGAGGUCGGACACACCAUUUUUCCUUGUCUUGUUGACCGAUGGGAAAUCUCAAGAUGAUGCCAUUGCCGCGGCAAACCGACUGAAGAAUGCCGGUGUGGAGAUCAUCGCUGUAGGCGUAAAGAAUGCUGAUGAAGCUGAGUUGAGACAGGUGGCGUCGGAGCCGGUGGAUCUGAACGUCUACAAUGUCAAUGACUUCCCUCUGCUCAGCAAACUGGUGGCACGACUGGUCCACAUCCUGUGUGGGAGGAUAGAGGAUCGUGGCAUUUCAAAACGAAUGGAGCCUGGGCCCACAGCAGACCCAGCCCUCUCCUACCCGAGUCCUACUGAUCUUCGGUUUUCUGAACUGGGCUCCAGAGAAGUGAAGCUUCACUGGAUCAAUCCUGUGAAGCCAGUCCAACAGUACAGAGUGGUCUACCACAGCGCAGAGGGUCAGAGUCCACAGGAGGUGGUAUUGGCCGGCUCAGAGUCCACUGUGUUGCUGGAAGGCCUCUCCUCUCAGACACUGUACCAUGUAUCCAUCUUCCCUGUGUAUGAAGACAGUGUUGGCUUGGCACUCAGAGGAACUGUCACUACAUUGCCACUGGCCAUGCCUGCCAACCUGGAGGUGACUCCUUCCUCUUAUAGCACACUGAGAGUAAAUUGGGGUGCAGCACCUGAUGCUACACAGUACAUGAUCCUGUACUCUGCACUCAACCAUGGAGAACCUGAUGACGCCAAGGAGGAAAAAUUCAGUGCAGAUCAGACAGUGGUGGAGCUGGCAGGGUUACUGCCAGCAACAGACUACUCUGUCACUCUUUAUGCCCUCUAUGAUGAGGAGCCCAGUGACCCUGUGACUGCUGUUGCCACUACAUUCCCUCUCCCACCACCAGUCAGUGUUCAGUUCCCAAUGGUCACGCACAGUAUGAUGAGGGUGAGCUGGGUGGCUGGCGCCAUGGACGUUCCUGGCCACAGAAUCAUCUACAGCACCAACCACGGCAGUGACGUCAAGCAGGUUGAGGUAACAGGACUGAACUCGGUGCUGGUGCAGAACCUCUCCUCUCUGUCCAGAUAUCUGGUUUCAGUCCAGUCUCAAUACCCACAAGGCCUGUCUGCAGCACUCACCAGUAACAUCACUACACUAAAGGUGCCGUCCCCUUCAGACCUCAGGGUGACUAAUUUCUCAGGCAGUGAUAUCACCGUGCGCUGGGAGGCUGCGGCUGAUGACGUUGUGUCCUACCUCAUCAAGUGGAUCUCUCUCAGUGGAGGAGACCUGAGACAGCUGAGGGUGAGCGGUGAGAGUGAAGGGGCGAUCCUGGAGGGCGUGGAGGAUGAUAAGGAAUACCAGAUCUCUCUGUCUGCACUUUAUGGAGAUGGAGCUCAGAGUGAAGCUGUGGCCAUACGUUACAGCACCUUGUCUGGUGGAGGCCCAUCCAGUGUUUCAGUCUCAGAGGAGACUGCGGUCAGCAUGGUGGUCAGCUGGGUACCUCCCAAUGCUCAUGUUCUCCAGUAUCGUGUGUCUUACACUGCACUGACUGGAGCUGAAACCCAGGACAACACUGUGUUGGUCCCAGGUGGUGAAAAGCGGGUGGUGCUCGAGUCAUUGCUGCCAGAUACACGUUACAGCAUCCUGGUCACUGCCGAGUACCGCAACAGAGAAGGAGGCAGCGGUUCAGCUCAGGGCAAAACCACUAGCUUGCGGGUCAGCAGUGUGAGUGUGGUCAGGUCAGACCACUCCAGUAUCUGUGUGUCUUGGAGACCCGUGUCUGCUGUCGAUGGAUAUCGUAUUGUUGUUCAGUCUGUCAAAGACAAGCAAACAAAGGAGGAAACGGUCGAUGAGUCCAGCAGCAGUCACUGUUUCACUGAUCUGGAACCAGAGACCCUGUUUCGCAUCAGUGUGCACUCACUUCUCGGCUCAGCAGAGGGCGCUGCCGUCUCCAUUCUCCAUCCAACAGCCACAGCUCCAGCCAGAAUUCCCAUCCACCCGCGAAUGUACCCCAUCCACAAUGAAGUGUGUCCUGAAGUCACCAUCAGGAACAGCAUUGUUAAAGGAUUUGACAUGAUGGAAGCGUUUGGUCUGACUCAGAGAGCUCACUCAUCUGUGGAGGGCGUGGCUGCUGAGCCUUUUAUCUUCAACACCCUCCCCACCUACACCCUGUACAGAGACAUCCAGCUGACACAGAGCACUAAGUUCAUCCACCCUGCAGGCUUCUCUCCAGAGCACACCAUCAGCAUUGCCUUCCGUAUGUUGCAGGAUACACCCAGGGAGCCCUUCGCCCUCUGGCAGCUCACUGACAACGACUUCCAGCCCAAGAUGGGAGUGGUGCUGGACCCUACGACCAAGCAUCUGGUGUACUUCAGUCUGGACUACAGGGGGGAAGUGCAGGAACUGACCUUUGACCAGCCGCAGGUCCACAGACUGUUCUAUGGCAGCUUUCACAAGGUUCACCUGUCUGUCAGCCAGGUGAGUGUGUCCCUGUCUGUGGACUGUCAGCAUGUGGGUGAGAGGCCCGCUCGCCCACUAGGCAACCUACCGACUGACGGCUUUGAGAUGCUGGGAAAACUGGUAAAGACCAGAGGACCCAACAGCGGAUCCGCACCGUUUGGGCUGCAGUCCUUUGAGAUCGUCUGUAACACCACAUGGCCUUCAGAGGAUACGUGCUGUGAUCUGCCUGGAGUGAGAGAUGAGGAGAGCUGUCCUGCCCCAGCGUACUCCUGUACCUGUUCCUCCGACAUCCCCGGGGCUCCCGGUUCCCCUGGACCAACCGGAAAGCCAGGUCCUCGUGGUGAGAAGGGUGAGAAGGGAGAUCAAGGCGAAAAGGGAGAGGUGGGUCCUCCAGGAAAGCCUGGAUUUGAGGGAGGUCUUGGGCCCCUGGGCAACACAGGGCCCCGAGGCAUGACUGUGCAGGGCAAAGCGGGUCCACCUGGUGCAAGAGGGGAAAAGGGAGAUUCUGGGCGACCAGGAGUCCAGGGUUCACCGGGACCUCCAGGUCCAAAAGGGGAGGAGGGGAUUCCAGGCCCCAAGGGCAUUAGAGGGGUUGAAGGUGGCAUCGGUGCACCCGGCAUCACUGGACUCAGGGGUUUCCAAGGAAUGCCAGGACACCCAGGGCCUUUAGGGGAAAGAGGCCCCUCAGGACCUGUGGGACCAACGGGUCUGCCAGGGAGUAAAGGGGAACGAGGAGAGAAGGGGGAACCUCAGUCUAUGGCCAUGAUCUACCAACUGGUCACACAGGCCUGUGAGCAACUAGUGCAUAAGGAGGUGUUGAAGCUCGACAUGUUCAUUAAUGAAAUAAAUCGUAAGCCAGCUCCUAUUGAGGAACCAGUGGGGCCACCUGGGGAGCCUGGCAUACCAGGGCCCAAGGGCCCACCAGGCGCCAGGGGCACCCAGGGCCACGUUGGCCCAAGGGGGAGACCUGGCAGGUCUGGAUACCCAGGAGAACAGGGAAGGAGAGGUUUGUCAGGGGAGAAAGGUGAUGCAGGGAGCAAUGUCCAGGGGCCCACAGGGGUCAAAGGAUUCGCAGGUCCUCCAGGUGAGUCCAAGCUCGGAAUUGCAGGCUCCAAAGGAGAUGAAGGUAAGCCAGGACCCCCGGGGAUCCCCGGACCUCCUGGACAGCCAGGCGAGAGUGGACCACCGGGUGUAUGUGACAGCAGUGGAGGCUGCAACAGAGCCCCUCAGCAAACAGAAGACCCUUAUUAUGGCUACCAGCCUUGAGUGGAUAUGAACAAGCAUGCAGCAAUGGUCAGGUGACUGUUGGAAAAGACGAUGAUUCCUUUGGAGCUCAAUGACAGACUGGGAAUGGAGCUUAAAAACAAGCACCACUGAAGAGGUUUGGUGUGUUGAACUUGCCACUGACUGAUGUGGAAGCUUUACAAGCUUCAUCAAGUGUGAGAAAAGGAAUCAAUACAGGAAGGAUCUUUCUCUGUCCUCUUAUUACAGUGUUCUUUGACAUAAAAUAAGGCAGAGAAAUGAACUAAGAAUAAGUAGAAGCUUUCUAAUAUAGAAUAGUGUUUUGAUGAAUAGAUAGCAUCAUAAAGGAAAAUAUUUUCCCAUUGGGAUCAGUCAAGUACUGUCUUAUAAUGUACACUAUAUGCGCACUGAAACCUUCUUUCUAAGUUUAUGUAUUCAUGCACUGUAUCAAUGCUAAGUAGGUUAGCCAUCUGUGGUACAUUUCUAUUUCAUUUGCCAUUCUAACCUUAACUGCCUCAAGAUAAUGAAAAAGCGUAAUCCAUGGUGUAAACGCCUCUUUUUGUUCCAUGGUAUAAAUGAUGCUGUGAGAAUGUCUGUUGUCAUGUGUAUGAUCGUUUGUAUAUUGUUUAUUAUAUUUACUGUAUACAGUUCAUGUAUGAUAUUUUAUACUGCACCUAUUCGUAUUGAAAAUUCAGGUUUACAAUUUCUGAUUUCUUGGGGGUUUGGGUAUUAAACAUUACAUGAUGAUGUGCGUGUGUGUGUGUGUGUGCGUGCGUGCAUGUGUGUGUGUCAGACAGAUGUUUGGUUUUUUUGUAUGUAUAUAUGUUUUUUUAUCUUGUUAAUAAAACACCAUAUGAAUA